AUGGAAGCAGGGUUCAGUGCUGAGAUCUCUGUGUUUGUGCAGACAGGAGCUUCUGUUCAACUGGAUAUACAGACACAAGAACCACCAGAGUUUGAUAUUUUAGCCUGGACGAAUAAUAAAUCAGAGAGUAUAGUUAGAUACAACAGUGAUUCCAAAAGAGUAACACCUCUCGAUUUCUACAAGGACAGAGUGGAUUACAAUGAUGUAACCUUCUCUCUGACUCUGAAGAACAUGCAGAAGACAGACAGUGGACUCUACACAGCAAGAACAAUUGGAUCAAAAACUGAAGAUUUGGUCUCAUACAGAUUUUUUGUUAUAGACUCUGUGGAGGCUCCUGUCCUGACUGUGAACUCAAACUGGUCCAGCAGUGACUCCUGUACUGUGAACUUCACAUGCAGAGCUCAUGAGCUCAUGAUUAACUCCAGCUAUCAGAACAACAGAUGCUCUCCACAGGAAGUGACAUCACAUAUCAACACUCUCAUCCUGGACUGCAGUGAGGAAUACAUCAUCUGUAACCAUAGCAACCCUGUCAGCUGGAAACAAGACAGAAGAAACAUCGAAAAGCUCUGCAUUUAUAAAGAUGAAAUCUCAAAGAGUGAUUCAUCUCGCCUGGGUAUAGGAAUUGGUUCGGUGGCAGGGUGCAUUUUGCUUUGUGUUUCAGCCGCUGUGUGCUUCAAGUAUAAAAAAGGUUCUCAGGAGGAGGUAGAAGGUAAUACAGUCUAUGCUCAAGUCGAGGCUGGAGAAAUGCAGAAACCCAGUAGUGACUUCAAUCCUUAUGACAUUCCAGACUGGGCUCUUAAAGUGAUUAAGCACAAGAACCCGAUGAGAAUGUGCUUGAGUCUGCGAUUGCGCUAA